UGACAGCUGAACCGGUCGCAAAGGCUCAGCGACGCAGUCUGCAACAUUAGCUCCGUAACAAUCACAACAAACUCAAGGAAAAGCACCGACAGGUUCCGCCGCGUGACGCGUCUUCUGGACCAAUCCGCGGAAGUGUCUCAGUUCACCAGAGGACGGUUCAACAGGGGUAACCUUGCGGAUAUUGUGGUGUUCUUUUCCAACCAAGAGAGAGAGCGAGAGAGAGAGAACAAGAUCCGUGUCCGGAUGUGCCAGCAGUGUUGGCUUUUUCGCAGAAGCAGGAUACUCUUGAUGUUCCGAGGGUCGGAGGAGGAAGAGGAGGCCCACCGGGUCGACGGUGUGUCCCGCUAACGUUAAGCUCACAUGCGAAUGUCCCAAUUAGUGCGGGGAAUGAUCCACGGAAUGGUUGCGCAAUAGAGAGGAAGAAGCGUCGCAGAACAUCCCUCACUUUUGCGCCUGUGGAGAGAGAGAGAGAAAGAGAGAGAGAGAGAGAGAGUCACCAGGAUUACGUUGCGUUUGUGUUUCCUGCUCCGAACAACGACUUUAGUUUGAGCUCUUUGGCUCCUUGUCCUGUGUGUGUGUGUGUGAGUGUGUGUGUGUGAGAACCCAUCCGAGGAUCGGGAGAACCUUCACGAUGACGGGCAGCACCCCGGCGGACAUGAUAAACCUGCGGCUCAUUUUAGUCAGCGGGAAGACGAAAGAAUUCCUCUUCUCUCCCAACGACUCGGCAGCGGACAUUGCCAAACACGUCUAUGACAACUGGCCAAUGGACUGGGAGGAAGAGCAGGUCAGCAGUCCUAACAUCCUGAGGCUGAUCUACCAGGGCCGGUUUCUACACGGCAACGUAACACUAGGAGCUCUCAAACUGCCCUUGGGGAAGACCACAGUGAUGCAUUUAGUUGCCAGAGAGACUUUGCCCGAGCCAAAUUCCCAAGGUCAGAGGAACCGAGAGAAGACCGGGGAGAGUAACUGCUGUGUCAUUCUGUGAAUACACAGCGCCGCCGCCUCCAUCCUUCUCCUCCGUUCUCGCCCUCAAACAUCCUGGACCCGCGGAGUUUGUUCCCGGUCCUGAAACUCGUCCAUAGUGCGGAUAUGCAAACGGACAAACACAUACACUUUUGCUUCUUUUUGUUUUCCCUCUCUCUCUCUCUCUCUCUCUCUCUCUCUCUCUCACACACACACACGUAUAGAAAGCCAGCAGGCGGAGGCUGAUUCAAGACACACACAGAGUUGGGAGCAGGACAUUGAUUAUCAUUAGAGUUGAUUCUUUUGUCGUACUUGUUUUUUUUUGUCAUAGCAGAAAAUUUGUGGAAGGAACUGGAUUUGCAUGUGGGUUUUGUUGUUCUUUUUUUUCUUAAUGCACACCUUGUGCACACCUUCUGCCACACACACACACACACAUACAUGCAAUACACAUAGACAACGUGUCUAACCAUCCUCAGCCGGUCGGUUAAAAGCUCCUCAUUCUAGCUGGUUGUCAUAGUAAUGCAGUGCCCAAGUUUGUGUGUGGCCUUGUUUUCUCCUACAGACCGCUGAGAAUUUUCACCACUAACAACGCUCCAACACACAGACACACACACACACACACACUCUCUAUGACAUCCCGUCUACAGGCCCAACCACAUGUGCUUGUGUGACCUCCCUCGGCGCAGCAGAAGAAGCUCAGAUGUGCCUGAUCAGAGAACUCAAACCAGGACACACACACACACACACACAUAUAUAAACACACCUGUGUCCUUUUUACUGCCCUCCUCUGCAUGUGCCCUUAAAGGUCACAUGAGAGAAAUUUUUCUUUUUUUUUUGGCUCCGCAGAACGCCGUAGAGGCCGAACACGUCCUGCGUCUUCUAGUCGUCAUAUUCUUAGCCAAACGAAGCCUCUCAAACAAACAAAUAGAAAAACAACCGAUGUUGGUGGUCUUGUUUUGGUUAUUUGUUUGUCCAUGACAUUUUGUGACUGUGUUUUGACAGUCCAUGCAUAUUACUGACCGACCCAGUGUUGUGAUUAAUGAAACGUCAUGGCAGUUUUUCUUCCCUCCCUGAUGCACCAUCCCUCCGUCUCUUCUUUUGAGGAAAGAUUCAUUGUGCUCCUCUUCGUUUGAACAGUGUUGCGAAAGGAUCUCUCUGAAAAGGUUCCUUGUUUGUCUUAAUUUGCUUCUCUCUCUCUCUCUCUCUCUCUCUCAGCAUUAAUAAGUCCAGUUUGCACAAUCGAAGCAUGUGCUCCUUCAUCAGAUUAAUAAAAAUGUAUAAAAAGUUCUAUGGUUUUAUUUUAUAUUUUUCCAAUGGAAGUAAUGUUCCAAACUAUGGUAACGUGUAGAGUAUAUUUAAUAUGAAUCUUAUAUAGAACAUGAUCACUCUAAUCUUGUUGAUAUACAGUAUAUUGGUGUUUAGUCUAUGAUUGUGUAUACGGUUAGCUUCUAGCCAGUUCACAGCAACAACAACAACGACUCCCUAAGCAUCAACUUUCUUCUGUGCUCUUUUAUUGUUAUUUUUAAAUUUGUUUAUAAUUUAAUGUAAUCCUUUUUUUCUGUGUUUUUUUCUUUGCUUUAAAGAUACGCUUUAUAACAGCACUAGGUCUUAAAAAUAUAUAUUGUUUAUAUUGAUCAGGGUUCAAAUCUGUACAGAGCUAAAUGUUUUCAAACCAAUUGUAAAUAGCACUAAUGCUCUCUCUCCCUCCUCCAAACUCCAAAAUGGAAUACAUCUGUAAACUAAAUAAAGGUUAUUCAAAUGCA